UGCAAGUCCAAAAUCCCACUGAGGCGUAUUAGUUGAUUUAGCUAGUACUAGUUGUUACCAGCGGAUAUUAGUUGAGACUUAGCUAAUAUUUGCGUGUAUCGUUCUAUGACACAUUUGUUUAUACUUCUAACAUUUUCCUAAACAAUGAACGGAUUAGUUGCUCUUGUAACUGGUGGUGCAUCUGGAUUGGGACUUGGUGUUGUACGAAAAUUUAUAAAAGAAGGUGCGAAAGUAGCUAUUGCUGAUUUACCAAGAUCUAGAGGAAAUGAAAUUGCUGAUGAACUUGGAGAGUCUGCUGUCUUUACACCAAUGGAUGUGACAUCACCAGAUGAUGUAAGUGCUGCUUUAGAUACAAUAUGUAAGAAGUUCCAAAGAUUGGAUGUCACAGUAAAUGCAGCAGGAAUAGCCUGCGCCCACAAAAUAUAUAAUUCUAAUAAAGAUCUUCCACACAAAAUGGACAGUUUUGAAAAUGUGCUUAAAGUAAAUGUUACUGGAACAUUUAAUGUUGUUAGAUUAUCUGUACCACUGAUGUAUAGGAAUACACCAGACAAAGAUGGACAACGGGGAGUGAUAAUUAACACAGCAAGCAUUGCAGCAUUUGAUGGACAAAUCGGUCAGGUAGCAUAUUCUGCGAGCAAAGGUGCGAUUGUUGGUAUGACUUUGCCACUAGCUCGUGACGUAGCUAAGUUUGGUAUUCGUGUUGUUACAAUCGCACCUGGAAUAUUUGAUACACCAAUGUUGGGAAAUUUACCAGAGAAAGUACGUGCGUAUUUAACGAAAACAGUACCAUUUCCAAACAGAUUGGGUGAUCCUGAUGAAUAUGCUAAGCUUGCACAACAUAUUGUUGAAAAUCAUCUCUUAAAUGGAGAAGUGAUAAGAUUAGAUGGUGCUCUCCGAAUGCAACCGUGAAUACAAUUUUUUAUUUACUUAUAUUGUUUAUAUGAACAUGGAACAUGGAUAAAGGAUUUUCAGAACAUGGAUGUCAUAAAUAAAAGUUACAUAAAAUCAGACAAAAAUAUAUAAAAAAUGAAUAAAACCGUUAAUUUUUUUACAUGCAACACCAUUAUAAUUCUCUUAGAAUGUACACAAACAACUAAAAGUUUUCAUCUAUUAUA